AUGGAGAAAACGCCAUCACCAAAUAAAGAAUUGAAGAAUAUCAACCUAAAAAGAGGAUUAAGUCGAUCUGGAUCUGUCAGGUCCAAGGGGAUUGGUUUGAAUUUAGCUGUGUCUCCCAUAUCGAAUGAAUCAAUUACUCCACAGAGAUCAAGAAGUUCCACCUUACCACCUGUUAAUGAAGAUCUCACAAAAGAAAACACCAUUCCACAAGAGCAUGAUGAAAACUAUAACGAUAGUGACCACAGGCGUUAUAAGAGAUCAUUAGAAAACAAGAAGAUGGAUUUAAAAUAUGAUUUCACAUUACCACCAAUGGAAGAAAUAAAGAACCUAGAAUUCGAGCAACAAUUAAGACUAAUGGCAUUGAAGGAAAUGAGUAUUGUUGAACUCAAAGACAAUAUAAAUAACUUGAACCAAAAGUUGUCAGACCAUGAAAGAGACUUGCAUAAAUUAAGAGAAUUGAUACAAAGAUCUUUGUACAAUGAAUUGCAAACUAGUAACAAUCACUUGUCAUCACAAAAUCCAACUUCACUGAGCAGAGAAUCUGCCAACAAUAGACUACGUGGUGAUAGUAAUCCAAGAGAUGAAGCCAACAAUCACAGAAGGAUGUCGGGGGAUAAAAGCAUUUGGUCGAGUUUGUCAAGACCUUUGACUUUGAUACAGCAAUUAGACACCAUGUUACAAAACGAAUUUGAAAAGUCCUUAAUACCUGACAGAGAACGAGAUCAUGACAGAAAGCUAGAUAAGGAAAGAGAACGACAAGAAAAAUCAUUGAAUCUACACCAAAUCAAUGAAACUGAAACCGAUCUGCCCAAAAUCAACUCACAAAGGAGCUCCACUGAUGAAUACUCCCUAAUAAGCUCCAACUCCCCUUUGAAAGACAAAUCCAAUAAUGACAAUAUCAAUCUUGAUGACCUUAUAGAGGAAACUUACAAACCACGAUACAAGUAUGAUAGAAAUGAAACCCCAACAACCGAUAAAGAGAGAGACAUGUUGACCAGCGUGUCUUCAAGCAUCUGGUCUUUUGUGAAUGAUGUGAAAUCAAAUGUUAUGAGUUCAAUGAAUGAUGAACGAGAUUUGUAUAAUCUAGAUAAUGGAUCUAAUAUCAGUCUCAAUGAUAACACUAUCAUAAAUGAUGAUGAAUUCAAUAAAAUUUUAGACCUAAAGAAGAAUGCUUAA